AUGUCGGAAAUACAUUCAUUUGGCAAUUUACCAAUCAUUGCACAUUCAUGGAAUAAAGAUCGAACACAAAUUGCUGUAUCAUUGGGAAAAAAUGAUGUACGUAUAUAUCAAAAAGUAGCUGGUAAAUGGAAAUUAACACAUACAUUAUGUGAACAUUUAUCACGUGUAUUAGCAAUUGAUUGGGCACCUAAAACAAAUCAAAUCGUCACAGCUAGUGCAGAUUAUAAUGCAUAUGUUUGGACAUUUGAAAAUGAUAUUUGGAAACCACAGAUGGUUGAAUUACAACGAACAAGUCGAGCUGUAUGUUGUGCUAAAUGGUCACCUGAAGAAAAUAAAUUUGCUAUUGGUUCCAGUGAUAAAAAUGUUGCUGUAUGUUAUUAUGAAAAAGAUCAACGAUUUUGGGCAGCUGAAAUGAUUAAAAAGAAACCAAAAUCAACUGUAACUUGUAUUGCCUGGCAUCCCAAUAAUCAAUUACUUGCAAUUGGUAGUUGUGAUUAUCGAUGCCGAAUCUAUUCGGCUUUUGUUAAAACUGUUGAUGAACAAGCACGAACAUCGAAUUGGGGAAAAAUUACAAAUACAGGAGAACUUUUACAUGAAUUUCAAUCAGAAUCUGGUUGGAUUCAUGAUGUUGCUUUUUCACCAUUAGGUGAUAAUAUUGCAUGGGUAUCACAUAACUCAAUUAUAUUUGCUGUUACAGCUGAUAAUCCAUCUCGAAUCACCAUGGAAAUAACGAGUUAUUUACCAUUUCGUUGUAUUAUUUUUAUGAAUGAAUCGACAAUAAUCGUUGGAGGACAUGAAUUUUCUCCAUUAAUUUAUAAUUAUGAUCAACGAAAUGGUACAAUUGAUUUUCUCGAAAAACUUGAUCGACAAGAAACAUCAACCGGUCGACAAUCAAUUGGUCGUCUUUUUGAUCAAGCAGCAAUGCAGACUCAAACACCUGAACCUGUUUCAACUCAUCAGAGCAUGAUUACACAAAUUGUACCUUAUCAAAAAGAGAAUGGCAAUCUAAAAGAAAUUGUUAUUGAAGCCGGACAAGAAUUACGUGGUGAUGUAGACGAAACGUUGACAGUUGAAUUACGUUCAGGUAAAGCCGAAAUUUUCGGUACUGAACUAGCUAUUGGACAAAAAUAUCAAUUUACAUCUGGAAUGAAAUUUGCAAUAUUUACUUAUUGGGGUUGUACAGUUAAUAUUAUCUCACCACAUGAAGAUUAUUAUGUUGCACGUGAUGAAAAUCCGAUGCAUAUUUAUUUAAAUGUACACGGUAUGUUAGAACAAUUAAGACAAAAAGCUGAAACUGAAAAAACACGUGGACCUCGUAUAAUGGUAACGGGUUUACCAGAUGUAGGUAAAAGUACAGUAUGUCGUAUGCUUGUAAAUUGGGCAGCUCGACUUGGUCGAACACCAAUAUUAGUUGAUCUUGAUGUUGGACAAAAUCAAAUAUCGAUUCCAGGAACUAUUGCGGCUAUGGUUGUUCGUCGACCAGCAUCAGUUGAAGAAGGUUUUCGUAUUGAAAUGCCACUUGUUUUUCAUUAUGGUUAUAAAACACCCGGUGAAAAUAUUGGUCUUUAUAAUGAAAUAAUAUCAUCAAUGGCAAUGUAUGUUAAUAUUCGAUCGGAAAAUGUUGAAAAAUCUUUGAUAAGUGGUGUUGUUGUUAAUACAUGUGGUUAUAUUCGUCAAGAAGGUUAUGAAUCAUUUAAACAUGUCGCUAAAACAUUUGAUGUUGAUAUUAUUAUCGUUCUUGAUAGUGAAUGGUUAUCAACAAAAUUAACAUCAGAUUUACCUGGUGUUAAAGUUAUUACUUUACCUAAAUCAGGCGGUGUUGUACCAAAAGAUGCAGCUAAAGAUAAAUUUCGUGAAAAUAAAAUUCGUGAAUAUUUUUAUGGACCAAGAAAUAAUAUUUGUCCACAUGUAUUUACUAUUGAAUUUAAUGAAAUAAAAAUUUAUAAAAUUGGUGCACCACAAAUACCAGAUUCAUGUUUACCAGCUGGUAUGAUUUUAAAAAAUCCAUAUAAUAAAAUCUUACCAAUUGCUGCAAGUCCUGCGUUAAUGCACCAUGUUUUAGCAGUCAGUAGUUCCAAUGAUCCAGAACAGUUAUUAGCAAAAAAUAUACUUGGUUUUGUUGUCGUUCAACAAGUCGAUUCAGAAAAACGUACAUUAACAUUAUUAUCACCACAACCUAAUGUGAAAAAUAAACUUCUCAUUGUGUCUGAUAUAUCCUUUGUUGAUAUGAAAUAA